UAAUGCGAACUUAAAGUUGUUUGCCAACCGCCGAAUAAACUUUACCAAGAAUAGAAAGUAGAAGAAGAAGAAGAAAACGUCAGUAUGGCGGUGCUCCUUGAAACGACGCUGGGGGAUAUCGUAAUUGAUUUGUUCACAGAGGAAAGACCUAAAACCUCACUAAACUUCCUGAAAUUAUGCAAGAUAAAAUACUACAACUACUGUCUCAUCCACAAUGUGCAGAGGGACUUCAUUGUCCAGACUGGAGAUCCUACUGGGACAGGCCGCGGAGGGGAAUCUAUUUUCUGCAAACUUUAUGGUGAUCAGGCACGAUUUUUCGACUCGGAGAAGACGCCACGCAUCAAACACAGGAAGAAGGGGACGGUUUCCAUGGUGAACAAUGGAAAUGAUCAGCAUGGCUCUCAGUUCCUCAUCACCACCGGGGAGAACCUGGAUUACCUGGAUGGAGUCCACACCGUGUUCGGAGAAGUUACAGAAGGUUUGGACAUCCUGGCUAAAAUCAACGAGACCUUUGUUGACAAGGACUUUGUCCCAUAUCAGGACAUCAGGAUCAACCACACAGUGAUCCUGGACGAUCCUUUCGAUGACCCUCCUGAUCUGCCGGUUCCUGAUCGAUCUCCUGAGCCCACCAAAGAGCAGCUAGAUAGCGGCCGUAUAGGAGCCGAUGAAGUGAUCGAUGAUACAGAUGGGAAAGCGGCCGAGGAGCUGGAGGAGAGGCUGAAGGAGAAAGAAGCAAAGACUCAGGCUAUUCUGCUGGAGAUGGUGGGUGACCUUCCUGAUGCAGAUGUGAAGCCUCCUGAGAACGUCCUGUUUGUGUGCAAGCUGAAUCCAGUCACCACAGACGAGGACCUGGAAAUCAUCUUUUCUCGCUUCGGCUCCAUCAAAAGCUGUGAGAUCAUCAGAGACUGGAAGACUGGAGAUUCCCUCUGCUACGCUUUCAUUGAGUUUGAAAAGGAAGAAGACUGCGAGAAGGCUUACUUCAAGAUGGACAACGUGCUGAUUGAUGACCGGAGGAUCCACGUAGACUUCAGCCAGUCUGUUGCAAAGAUCAAAUGGAAAGGGAAAGGAGGAAAAUACACCAAAGAUGACUUCAAGGCCUACGAGAAAGACUUGGAGAACCGCUCCAAACUGGCUCUCAAAGAUCAAGUGAAGCCUAAACAAGACUCCAAGUAUGACCUGCUCAUUGAGGACGAGGAGGAGACAACGAGCCAUCGGCCACCUCAGAAGAAGCACAAGAAGCACCAUCAUCAUUCAGACGAUGAAGACAGCAGGAAGUCUAAAAAGCACAAGAACAGCGAGGAGAGCAGACGCGACAGGAAGUCAGGCAACCAGCGCUCCCGCUCUCGCUCCCGCUCCAGAGACAGGGACCAGAAACACGGCCGGUCCCGGCCCAAGCACGGGAAGGAGGGGCGGGACAAAGGUCACAGGGACCGGAGCCGCAGCCGCUCGCCCAGGAGGUCGAAGGAUAAAGAGAGGAGCCGCUUCAGAUGAGGGCCAGAUUUCUGCUGCUAUUUUCACUCUAACCUGGGUUUGAAUGACUUAAAGCAAAA